AUGCCCCGUAGUCUCACUAUGUAUCACACGUCUGAAGGUGAUAACUAUCACGGAUCAAAAAGCGAGCUGGACCCGCCGCGUGGCCGGACUCGGCCCGGGACCAUGAUCACCCAUCGGUCCGUCCAGCGGGCGGCUGUGGCGGAUCUGGGGCGCGCGCAGUUAUGGCGGUUAUGGCGGCCGCCCGCCAUGCACUGCGCAUGCGCUGAGCCAGCUUCCCUGUUACUGGAGCGCGAGUACCCCGAGGACAAGUUGCCGCAGCAUUUGAAGGCAAGCGGCAGCUACAUGCUCAACCUGCAGCGGCAGCGCUUGGCCAGCUCGGCCAAUGUCAAUCCGCCGCUCCAACAGUCCGACUACCCAGAUUGCUACACAGACGAGUUGGAGCACCCCGGCGAUUAUGUGCUCACGGACGUUCCUGUGUGGCAAGCGUUCGAUCCUCAGGGCCAUGAGCGUCACCGCAUCAUCCUCCGGACUUGCUUCAAAGUGGAUGACGAGAGGUUCCUGCCCUUCUCCGCGUUUCUUGCCAGCGGGGCUCCGAAGCCGCUGUACCUGUCUCAUAAGUGA